AUGAACGGCGGCCCAUCUGGUUUCAAUAAUGCGCCGGUGACGAGGGUAGUGGUGAUCGCGAGUGUUCUUUUCACAGUGAUAUUUGGGCUCCAAGCUCGUUCUAGAAACUUCGCUUGGUCGUAUCAGGAUAUUUUCAAGAAGCUUCAAAUAUGGAAGCUCAUAGUUUCAGUUUUUGGCUUUUCGUCUACACCAGAACUGGUUUUUGGUGUUUAUCUUCUGUACUACUUCCGUGUGUUUGAGCGGCAAAUAGGUUCUAAUAAACACACUGUUUUUAUCCUGUUUUCGGUCAUCGUGUCUUUACUGCUUGAAUUUGUUGCACAAUGGUUACUUAAAGCAGAUCCCUCAUUGAGUAUACUCACAUCUGGACCCUACGGCCUUAUAUUUUCUUCGUUUGUUCCCUUUUACUUUGACAUUCCUGUUUCGACGCGGUUUCGUGUGUUUAGCCUCAAUUUCUCGGACAAAACUUUCAUUUAUUUAGCUGGACUUCAGCUAUUUUUAUCAUCCUGGAAAAGAUCCAUGCUGCCUGGGAUUUGUGGUAUUCUAGCAGGUUCCCUAUACCGCUUGAAUGUUUUCCGUGUACGCAGGAUAAAGUUUCCCGAGUUUAUUGCUUCAUUCUUCUCGAGACUUUCUUUUCCAUCUAUCGGGAGUUCAUCACCCACCACAAGAUCUUCCAGGAAUAUUGUCGGAAGUGCACCACCCUUUGCCGGACGUCAUAUGGAGGCAAACUAUUCCGAACCAACCGAGGACAUGAUAGCAACAUUGGUCUCGAUGGGCUUUGACCAGAAUUCAGCAAGACAAGCACUCGUACAAGCAAGAAACAACAUCAAUGCUGCCACGAACAUACUUCUCGAGUCCCUAGGGCAUUCAUGA